AUGUUGCGAAAGACACUAACGAGGGGUUCGAUCAACAGACCACCCUCGACGCAUCUGCCACCCUCUGACGUACUGCUGCUCGUGCACCUCUCGUUCCUCCACACUCUCUCGGUUGCCCUCGCUUCUCUGGUAGUGGCUUGGGCCAAUCGUCGCCAGAUAUAUUUCGUUGUUCUCGAAACAGUGAACACUGCAUCGAGGAAACGACAUUGA